AUGGCCAGCAGCGAUCUGGAGCAGCGAUGGCCGGUGUGGCCGCCCAACGAGGAGGGGAAGGAGCUGCUGGACGUUGUCCUGGACUGUUCCGUCGACUCUGCUUUCCUCAUGCUGUAUGGAGGCCUCACGGAGCUCAGGAAAGCUUUCAACGAGAUAGCCAGCAACAAGGAGUACAGCACCACGGCGUGGAUGGAUAGCGCAGAGGCGGUGCAGGCGGCGGCGGUGGGGCCCACCCCGCCGCCGCUGCGCGACACGGCUGGCCUGAAGGCCGGCAUGCUGCGCCGCGCCUCCUACUCAGGAACAAUGAUGGGAUCCAAGUACCGCAAUGAGGAGCUGUACCGCCUGCAGGAGAUCAGCCCCGGCACCAGUUACCGCAUCCUCACCACCGUGCUCACCACCGCCAUGCACGGCGAGAAGUUCAGGCCGGUGGUGCUGAGCAGCCUGACUGCGCUGCCCGAGGGGCGCACCCAAUACAAGAUCCGGUCUGUGGUGCGCUUCAUCACCAAGCCCAAUGGAUUCAUCAAGGCCAUGAUUGACAAGGGCGCUCGGGAUGGGCAGCGCAAGAACUUCGAGGCGCUGCGGCAGGUGCUGGAGCAGUACACCACGGUGACGGAGGCGGCAGAGGCGCUGGGCGCGGCGGUGGCGGCGGCCGCGGCGCCAGAGGCGCCCGUGGCGGCGCCCGCCGCGGGCGAGGCCCCCGCCGCGGCGGCGGCGGGGCUGCUGGAGGCGGUGGCGGGGCCGGCGGCGUGUCGGCACCUGGCGCCCUGGGCCGUCUUGCUGCACGCGCGGCUGGCGGCGGCGGCUCCUGUGCUGGGGGAUGUCGUGGAGGCGCGGGUUCUGCUGGGGAGCCUGGCCGCGCUGUGCCUGCUGACCGCGCUGCGCCUGGUGGUGGACAUGCUGCUCUUCAUCCACCACGCCUCCGCGCACCCCAAGGACACCAUCGGCCUGCUCACCCACUACCUGUUCAAGGUGGUGGAUGUGCCGGACAGCAUGCAGGAGGUGCUCCUCUCCUGCCUCAUCUUCUACACAGUGCGCCUGCUGGUCAACCGGCUGGCAGAGAUGCUGCCGGCGCCGCCCGCAGCCCGCCGCCCGCCGCCCCGCGCGCCGCGCACACUCAGCAGCGCCAACGGCGACGCGGGCUCCGGCGCGCUGGGCGGCGCCGCCGGCAGCCCCAGGUCGCUGCUGGGCGGGCUGAGGAGCGAGGAGGUGGAGGCGGAGGGGAUCAAGUAUGAGGGGUAUGCCGAGGCCAUUGCUGCGGCGCAGGCGAGGAGCCCCAGCGCGUCGGGCGCAGCCACCCCCGAGCGUGUCAGCAUGGCGGGGGCUGUGGGCAGUGCCGCGGCCGUCGGCGCGGCGGUCGGGGCGGCAGGCACAGCAGGCGGCAGGCAGCAGGGCGGUUCCUUCAUGAAGGGCUUCACAAAGUCCAUCUCGGGCGCCUUCACCCCGAGUCGCACCAAGAAGGUCAUCAUGGCGCCAGAGGAGCGGGUGUCGGCUGCCGCGGCCAUAGCGGGCGCGGCGGCAGCGGCUGGGGCCGUCGCGGCAGCGGCGUCGGGCGCUGCGAGCGGCGCCGCGUCGCCCGCAGCUGGGGCGGCGGCGCUGGCGGGAGGCAUGGCGGCACCCGGCAGCGUGGCCAGCCGCCUCAGCGCCCUGAGGGAGGUCGAGGCAGACAGCGGCCUGGCGGCGGCGCACGGCGCGGCGGGCGCAGGCGGCAGCAGCGCCCCGGGCUCGCCGCCCUCUGUGGGCGCCAUCUCGCCCUCCGCCACCUCCCCCACAGCGCAGUCGGCGCUGGCAGUGCCCCGCAGCCUGUCAGAGUCGGCCGCGGCCAUAGGCAGCGUGCUGCCCGCGGGGCUGCCAGCGGCCCUGGCAGGCUCGGCUUCAUCGCAGCGCGGCAUGCUGCCAGGCGACCUGCCGCCCGGCUCCGCCCUGUCGCCGCAGCGCAGCCUGUCGCCGGCGCGGGCUGGCGGCGGCAUGGCACACAGCAGGUCGCAGGGAGGGCUGGCGGAGCAGUCGGGCUCCUCUGUGACCGCAUUUGCCAAGAAGCUGCGGGGAGUGCUGUCCCCUACCGGCCAGCCCGGCUCGCCUGGGGAGCGCAAGAGCAUGGAUGGAGGCAGCGAGCCCGCCGCCCUGUCGCCAGACCAGAUGCUCAGCCCCACCGCGGCACAGCGCGACUUCCGCCCCUCCAUGCCCGCCCACCUUCCGCCGGAGCUGGCUGGGCAGGCGGUGAUAGAGGAGGUGUUUGAGAACCAGCGCCUGCAGCCGUUCCGCGGCUGGGGGCACACCUGGCCGGGCCACUUCCUGCCCACAGACAAGGUCAACCACUGGUCCCGCCGCGAGCACGACAACUUCCCUGUCCUGGCGGGGCCCGACUUUGGGUCCAUCGCGCCGCCGCUGCCCGAGGGCUGGCAGUGGUGCGAGGCCAAGUGGCACCUGGACCUGAGCGGCCAGAUCAUCGACGCCUGCGACCCAGACGGCUGGUCCUAUGGCCUGGACUUUGGCUACGUGCGGCACCCCUUCCAGCCCAACAGCGGCAAGAAGAAGAUCUCGGACUUUGUGCGGCGCCGCCGCUGGAUCCGCACGCGCGUCCCGCUGGAGCUGGCUGCGCAGCGCCGCACCACCACCAUCUCCGAGGACAACACCAGCUGGGCCAAGGCGGUGGGGGGUGGCGAGGAGGCAGAGGGCAUGGCGGGUGAGGGCGCCCAAGCAGCUGAGGACGGCGCCCAGGCGAUUGAGGAUGCGCGCGAGGUGCACGCAGUGGUGGAGAGCAUGUUUGCCCAGGUGGUGGCGCGGAGCGAGGUGGAGGCCAGCAUGCAGGAGGCGCUGUCGCAGCAGAUUGGCAGCCGCAGCAGCAGCGGCAGCGGCAGCAACAUCCGCAGCUUAGGGUCGCAGGGCUCGCAGGCGCAGGCGCAGCCUGCUGCCGGCCUGCAGGCGCCAGCCGCACAGCCUGCGGCGCACGAGCUGGAGCAGGAGAGGGAGAGGGAGCAGGCGGGUGAAGGAGCAGGAGCAGGGGGCGUCGAGGUGCAGUCAGCCCUGCCUGCAGCUGCCGCCGGCGCCGCUGCUGACGAGGCCGGCGAGCAGGCGGCGGCUGAUGAGACGCAGCAGCUGGCCCGCCGCGGUUUUCACGAGGCUUCUGUCUCCUUCACCCUUCCAGCCAGCAGCCCGCCGCCGCCAGUGGAGCCGCGCUCAGCGGCAGCAGCGGCGGCGGCGGCUCUGGCCGCAAGCGGGCUCACGUUUAGCAGCGGUGCUGUCGGGGACGACUUGCUUGUGUCGCCCACAGAGCAGCUGCGCGGGUUUGAGCGCAGCAGCUCGCACGGCGUCCAGCAGGGCCUGGCACAGGCUGCGUGCGAGGCGGCAGAGGCAGCCGAUGAGGUGCGGCAGCACCACAGCAGCAGCACGAUGCAGCCAGGGCCUUUGGAGCGCCAGGAGGACGUGGGCAGCUUGGCGGCAGAGCUGAACCAGGCGGGCAGCACAGAGGAGGCCUCGCUGGCCGCAUCGCCAGUAGAUCAGCCGCCCGCCCCGACAGGCGCAGGAGCAGGGCACGGCGCCAGCGGUGGCGAUCUGGUGGCACCCCUCGAUGAUGGGGAGCUGGCAGCAGGUGGCGAUGAGGGCGCUGAGGGGGCAGAGGGUGGCGCCACAGCGCGAGCUGUGGGCGAGCCUGCCGAGCUUGCUGAGGAGCACAGCGGGGUCGAGGGUGCGCCUGCAGAGGUCAGGUCACGGCAGUCGGCAGGGCAGCCAGCUGAGGGUGUGGGGGAUGCUGCAGCAAAGCCGGCACUCACACAAGUCCAGGCAGAGGCAGAGGAGCACCUGGAUGGAUCGGCGUCAGAGCUGUCAAAUGGCGAGGAGAGCGCCGCCAGGCCGGCCUCUGAUGCGCUGCAUCUGGUGGCCCACCGCUGAAUGAUGAUCGCCACUUCAAAUCUUGGCAGCAUGCCCCCGUAUGCCCUGUACAUUGCUCUCCUCUUACUGUUUUUUGAGUGCAUGCACAUGAAACGAGAUGGAAACAG